AUGUUAGUAUCUCGCGACAGAAACACGACUCCCCAACCGUUGGAGCAGCAGCUAGUGCAACCGGUGCAAAAUGAGCGAGCGCCCGAGCAGCAAUUCCAGCCGAGACCGGCGAUCAUCGAGGCUGAUUUUUUCACACCGGGUGCAGAGGUGAGCCGCGUAGGCAUGCGAAUGCCGGAAUUUACGCCCGCGGAUCCGGAACUAUGGUUUAGCAUAGUCGACCGUAGUUUCCAAGCGGCCGGAAUCACCGUCGAUGCGACGAAGUUCGGUUACGCGCUUACUGCAAUCGGCCCGCGGUAUACUGUGGAAGUGCGCGACGUCAUCAUGAAUCCGCCGGCGGAAAACGCGUACGAGACGUUAAAAGCGGAAUUGAUCAAACGGCUUAGUCUCUCUCAGGAGCAUAAAACCCGAAGGCUCCUAGAACACGAGGAAAUCGGGGAUCGAAAACCCUCACAAUUUCUAAGGCAUCUCCGAAGCCUUGCUGGAAGCGUAGUCGGGGAUGGCGUGUUACGCACAAUUUGGUUGUCUCGAUUGCCCGCGUACAUCCAGCCACAUUUAGUAACGCGAACUAGAGAUGCUGUCGACCAGCUGGCGGACAUAGCUGACGCGAUCGUGGAGGCCACUCGAGCGCCUGCGUUUCAAGUCGCGGAGACCGCGCGACCCGCAGCACCGCAGACUAUGAAUCCGGAAGUGGCUGCGACUGAGGCAAAAUUCAGCCUACAAAUCGCGCAGUUGCGCUUAUCGAUGCAGCAGGAGAUGGCUGAGCAGUUGACAGCGAUUCGAAAAUCGAUCGAGGCGUUGCAUGACACGCGACACGAUGAAAAUCGUUAUGGGAGAGAUCGUCGCCGUGACAAUCGUCGACCGCAUCAGCGUCCGCGUUCGCGUUCGCGGAGCCGUGGUCACCCGUCGAACGGCCUGUGCUGGUACCAUUGGCGAUUUGGUCCAGAGGCUACUCGGUGCGACGCGCCCUGCUCCGCGCAGCAGUCGGGAAACGCGACGGCCCUUCGUUGA